AUGAUCAAUAAAGUUCACCAAACAUAGCCAGAUAAAGAUUAGAAUAACUUAAAGGCAGGAAAUAAUGUAGAUAAAAAUAAAUACUAUCUAAAUAAUGAAUUUACGCCAAGUGAAACUUUCAAGUCAGGAUAUACGAUUGAAGGAAAUACACCAGUAAACUCCAAAAAUGUUAACAAUCCAGAUAACUAGUAAAGCCUGAGACCAUCAAAUCUCAAUCCUCCUCAGUCAAGCUUUCAUACAAUGAGGUUGAGUGAUAGAAGUACAUCUACUAUUUAGAAGAAGGUGAAUCACACUUACAUAAUCUUGGCUUUAUUAGCAUCUCUAUUCAAUUCUACUGGUUAAAUUGUUCGUGGCUAUGAAAGUAAAAAUGCAUUAGCUUCAAAUCUUAUCUAAAACUCUACCUUUUGUAUCAUUCCGUUCUUAUAUUUGAUAUUCAGAAGGAUUAAAUCCUCUAGAACUGGAGUACCAAUGAUCAUGCCAUGGUAUUAAGAUCCAAAUGCAAUGAAGUAAAAUAAUAUACUACCGAUUGAAAACUAGCCCAAAGCAACUUAUAAAUUUGUACCGAAAAUCCUAAUGUUCUUAAUGAUUGGUGGUUCUUUUGAAUUUAUUGGGUGCUAUUUUUUAGUAUUAUCUUUUCAUUUCGGCUAACUUGCUCAUAUGAAUGACGGAAUCACCUCUUCUCUGAUAUUAUUUAGUUGCGUGUACAUUUUGAUUAUGCAGUAUCUGAUUUACAGAGAUAAAAUUAAUUUUAUCCAGGCUAUUGGUAUGUUAUUGAUUCUGGUUGCAGUAGCAAUUGUUAGCGUGUUUACUCCAGAUUAGACAUAGAGAAUUCAUUAAGAAGCAGAGGAGCAUAGUGAUAGUUAUUAUGAAGCACUUUGUAUAUUAACUGGACUUAUUGCUGCAGUUUUAUUUGGAUAAGAAAUAGUAUUUGUAAGAGUUUUGACUGAAUACAAGGUAGAUGGUGAACUCUCAGGCUACUUCUAUCCUUUAUUUGUUGGUAUAUAUGGCAUAAUCGGAGUCAUCAGCUAUGUAAUUAUUUUUGAUAUUGGUGAGGAUCAUUAUGAAUUACAUGAUCUCUUACUUAUCUUGAUGGGAGGAAUUUGUGAAUCAAUCGGAAUGGUAUUAUAGAUUAUAGCUUCUUCAAUAGGAAUCGGAGGCAUCGCAUUUAGUCUUGCCAAUACAUGCUGCAUCUUUGUCACCUUAUUUAACUAUUUAGUAUUUUCGUAGCCAAUUUCAUUCCUCUAAGUGAUCGGUAUCAUUAUGACAGUCUUAGGAGCAUCGAUAAUAUCUCUAGACGAUAAGAUUACUGCUCUUGUAUAGAAAAUCAAGAUAAAGUGA